UGAAUGAACAUUAUUUCUUCCCUCCGCCAUUGACCUUCCCUCCUCCAUCUACAAUCCAACAUCCAGAAACCAUAUCCAUCAUGGCUGACGAGGUCUACGAAGGCGCGAUCGGUAUCGAUCUUGGCACCACAUACUCCUGCGUUGCCAACUAUGAGGGAGCCAAUGUUGAAAUCAUUGCCAACGAGCAGGGUAGCUUCACCACCCCUUCGUUCGUGUCCUUCACCGACAAGGAACGUUUGAUUGGUGAAUCUGCCAAGAACCAGGCUGCCAUGAACCCCCGAAACACUAUCUUCGAUAUCAAGCGUCUGAUCGGACGACGAUUUGAUGACCCUACCGUCAAGAAGGAUAUCGAGUCCUGGCCAUUCAAGGUCGUCGACCAAGAUGGAAGCCCGAUGGUUGAGGUUGAGUAUCUCGGUGAGACCAAGGUCUUCUCGCCUCAAGAGAUCUCCUCUAUGGUUUUGACCAAGAUGAAGGAAGUUGCCGAAGUCAAGUUGGGCAAGAAGGUCUCUAAGGCUGUCAUCACUGUCCCGGCUUACUUCAACGACAACCAGCGUCAAGCUACAAAGGAUGCUGGUGCCAUUGCCGGCCUUAACGUCCUCCGUAUCAUCAACGAGCCUACUGCUGCCGCUAUUGCCUACGGUCUUGGUGCCGGAAAGACCAACAAGGAGCGCAAUGUGUUGAUCUACGAUCUUGGUGGUGGAACUUUCGAUGUUUCCCUUCUUAACAUCCAGGGUGGUGUUUUCACUGUCAAGGCUACCGCCGGUGACACCCACUUGGGAGGUCAGGACUUCGACACCAACUUGCUUGAGCACUUCAAGAAGGAAUUCUUCAGAAAGACCAAGAAGGACCUGUCGAACGACCCCCGUGCUCUCCGACGUCUCCGAACUGCUUGCGAGCGUGCUAAGAGAACCCUUUCUAACGGUGCUCAAACCACUGUUGAGAUUGAUUCCCUUUACGACGGAGAGGACUUCAACGCCCAGAUUACCCGUGCCCGAUUCGAGGACCUUAACUCCAAGGCUUUCAACGGCACCCUUGAGCCAGUUGCACAGGUCUUGAAGGAUGCUAACCUCGACAAGAGCAAGGUCGACGAGAUUGUGCUUGUUGGUGGAUCUACCCGUAUCCCACGGAUACAGAAGCUCCUGAGCGAUUUCUUUGAUGGCAAGAAGCUUGAGAAGAGCAUCAACCCCGAUGAGGCUGUCGCCUACGGUGCCGCUGUCCAGGCCGGUAUCCUUUCCGGAAAGGCCACUUCUGCUGACACUGCCGACCUCCUUCUUCUCGAUGUCGUCCCUCUUUCCCUCGGUGUUGCUAUGGAGGGUAACAUCUUCGCUCCUGUCGUUCCUCGUGGUCAAACCGUCCCUACGAUCAAGAAGCGAACCUUCACCACUGUUGCCGACAACCAACAGACUGUGCAAUUCCCUGUUUACCAGGGUGAGCGUGUGAACUGCGAGGAUAACACCUCCCUCGGAGAGUUCACUCUUGCACCAAUUCCUCCUAUGAAGGCUGGUGACGCCGUUCUUGAAGUCGUCUUCGAGGUUGACGUCAACGGUAUCCUCAAGGUUACUGCUACUGAGAAGACCUCAGGACGCAGUGCCAACAUCACCAUCUCCAACUCUGUUGGCAAGCUUUCCUCAAGUGAAAUUGAGAGCAUGAUCAACGAUGCGGAGAAAUUCAAGAACAGUGACGAGGCUUUCAGCAAGAAGUUCGAGGCUAGACAACAACUCGAGUCCUACAUCUCAAGAGUCGAGGAGAUUGUCUCUGACCCAACGAUGUCCAUCAAGAUCAAGCGUGGUACCAAGGACAAGAUUGAGUCCGCUCUCAGCGAUGCCAUGGCUCAACUCGAGAUUGAGGAGUCUACUGCCGAUGACCUGAAGAAGAAGGAGCUUGCGUUGAAGAGAGUGGUUACCAAGGCCAUGUCGACCCGCUAGAUUGAAUCUACCGCCACAGACAGCACAUAUGGAGAAUGGG